GCUCUUCCCCUCCUCCCUGAUGGACGGCACUGGGGGCCCUCCGCUCUGCUUCCCCAACAUCAACUCCUCCUGCAGGCGGCUGCUGCGUCCCCACUCUGAGACUGCAGUCCUCUACACCCUGCUGGCCUUCGUCUCUCUGCUCACUGUGACACUCAACCUGCUCGUCAUUAUCUCCAUCUCCCACUUCCGGCAGCUCCACACCCCGACCAACGCCCUGCUCCUCUCCCUGGCUGUGUCCGACCUGGUGGUGGGGCUGCUGGUGAUGCCCAUCGAGGGCCUGCGCUACAUGGAGACGUGCUGGCUGCUGGGGAGGCUGAUGUGUGCUCUGACUCCUUAUGUUUCUUACUGUCUGCUCUCUGCCUCUUUGGGCCACAUGGUGCUCAUAUCCAUAGACCGCUAUCUGGCUAUCUGUGAGCCACUGCUGUAUUGCUCUAAGAUCACCCUGAACAGAGUUAAAAUCUUAAUCUGUCUCUGUUGGGCCUGUUCUCUUCUCUACAACGGGUGUAUUCUGAUAGGACACUUAGGGCGGUCGGACAGGUUCAGCUCCUGCCACGGAGAGUGUGUGGUGGUCAUCAGCCACAUCUCAGGCACACUAGACAUGUUCUUUUCAUUUGUGGGGCCUUGCACUGUCAUGGUUGUUCUCUAUUUGAGGGUGUUUGUGGUUGCUGUCUCUCAGGUGCGUGUCAUUCGGAUGCAGACGGCUGCUACCGCUGUCUCUGCAGCUCCAACCGCUAAAAAAUCAGAGAGGAAGGCGGCCAGGACUCUUGGGGUUGUGAUAGCUGUGUUUUUAAUGUGCUUCUGCCCGUAUUACUAUCCCGCUUUUGCAGGAAAGCUAUCCAACUCAUCUGCACCCUCAGAAUACUGCAGCAUCACUCCCGGGAGGUCAAAGUGCUGUAAGACAGGGCUGAAAUGAACUGUGUCUGGUCCCUUUUCAGUUUUAAUGAAACAUGCUGCCUUGUAUCACCUGUAUGUUUGUUUGUGUGACUCACUGUGUAUUCAGUCUGAGCAGCCCUGGACGCCCUCGACAGCGGCCUCAGCUGCAGGCUUUCUCAUUUUGUCCCAAACUCUGCAACAAAACAUUAUUACACAUAAGAUGAAUGAAGUAUUUUAUAUAAUUUAAAGAAGAACAUUUUCAUCAUUUAUGAUUUUGGCAACAUAUCCAGUUCACAACAUUUCAUCAACAUAAAAAUAUGUUGCUAUUUUACCCGACUGUCAUAAAAGCCAAGAAAAGUGACAACAUAAUGUGAUGAGGCUUUAUACUAUAAGCUUGUCGAAUUGCAUUAUUACUCUUUGGAUAAACACAGAAGACUGUUAGUUUAUCUGCUUCCUCAUUACAUUAGUUGCUUUUAUCUCCACUGAGAGAUUUAAAGUCAGUAUGGUUUAUUGUCUUAUUUUAAAAUUCACUAUCGCUGUAAUCUAACAUAGCUUUUAUGACCCACCUCUCUGUCAUGUUGUCCUCAACACAUCGGUGUGUUGUUUUAUGAUUUCUAACAUAAACGAUGUGGUCAAAUGAAAAAAUAAAAGCCUGCAAUAUC